AUGUCCGUACAGUACACAAUUGACAUCCAACUAACAGAAUUAGGCUUUCCCGACAUCCUCCAGCGUCAGGAAAGCCUCUCCACGUCAUGUGACGACUCGCAGUCACCAUGCCCCUCUCCAGCUUUGACGACCCCUGACCCGCCGAGAGGAAGCCCGCUGGUAAAAGGGCAGUCAUCCAAGCAGGCCUGUACUUCACCUGAACUCCAGGCAGGUACUAUUCUCCAGGCAUCACCAGGUCAACAGCUCCAAUUAUCACAAAGUGGACAAAAGGCUGGUGGUGUGGAGACCCCCGUGGAAGGUGGUGGCAAAAAAACGCCCAAACAGCAACCGGUGGAGAGCGAUUCUGAUGAUAGCGAUGUGUCGGUGGUCUGCCAGGAAGAGGAAGAAGAUGAGGAUGAGAAUGAAGAAAGUCUCGACAAUGAGUCGGCAAAUUCCGUCGACUACGUCUGCAGUGUAUGCGGGUUGCGACUGCUCUCCGACUUCAAGCUGCAGGACCACAUGAACUUGCACACGGGAGCGCGCCCGUACAGCUGCGCCGAAUGCGGCAAGCGCUUCUCGCAGAUCCACAACUACCGUGUGCACCUCCGCACGCACGCCGCCAACAAGGUGGACCGGCCGCACUGCCGCAUCUGCCUGAUGUCGUUUGCCUCGGAUAAAUCUCUGGAGCACCACCUGUCCAAUACUCACUUUGAGAGUCAGUUCUACGAAUGCGACCUGUGCAAGCGCGUGUUCACCAACCUGAAGGCCUGCGAGCAUCACGUGGAACUGCACAAAUCCAUGCCUAAGGUUGUCUGCGAAAAAUGCGGCCGCCAUUUUACCCAGGCCAAAUCGCUCAAGCGCCACCAGAAGAAGGCGUGCUACCGCAUCUACAAAUGCACCGACUGCUCCGAGGCAUUCAACAACAAGGACGCACUCCUCAAACACAGCUUCACCCACCUCGGCCUGUUGCCUUACACGUGCGUAAGGUGCCGCUGUCACUUUCGCCUAGCCAACCUCUACCGCCAGCACAAGUGCGAACCCUGGCGGAUCCACUGCGUGGCUUGUCUCAGAGAGUUUUCAAGUCAGGGGGACUUCCUGCGACACAAGAAGGACACCGGCUGCUGGGGCAGCAGUGAGGUCAAAGGGGACGAGAUCCGAUGCCUGGAGUGCGGCCUCAGCUUUCACACCCCCGACGAGCUAAAGAACCACGCUGGAGCUCACCAGAGGGUCCUCAAAUGUGCCGAGUGUGGGAAGGGAUUCCGCUCGGCCUUGUUGCUGAUGUCCCACAUGGGCGGCCAUGCCGGCAACUCUCCUUGCCUCUGUCAGAGCUGUGGACUGGGCUUUCCCCAUCAGCAGAACUACAACAGCCACCUGAAGACAUGUGGCCAAACACCCCAGCCUGCUAAACCUGCGACUGUCUCAAAGAAGAAGGGCGAUCUCGAGACCUUUUCAACCACAAAUGAUACACCCCCCGAUCCAACCCAUGUGCUAAACCGCUUGGGCGUACCCGCCACCAACUCUGCUCUUCUCCAGCUCACGAGAGGGGACGAUUCCACCCCAGAUGGCUGUUGGAAGCUCACCCUUGAUAAAAUACCACCGCCUGGUACUAAUCUCGUCCUGUUAGUUCCCACAAACGGCGACAACCUGACACUUCCACCCGGGAUCGCGCAGGUAGUACCAGAAGUCCAAAAUCAAGCAGGGAUUCCUGCUGAUCAACACCUCGGCAUCUGGCCUGCGAUCCAAGAUGCAGAGUGGGAACCAAUGGAUUUAUCCAACAAAGAUUCCACUCCAACACCUCCUGCUGUGAUUAAAAGUGAGCCGCUGGCGUACGAGGUGGCGGGACAAGAAUUGAAUGACUGUGUUAUGGAUCUCUCAACAACGUCCCCCGUAAUCAAAACUGAGCCUCAAUCUUCUGACUCAAUGUAGAGGCCGUAGCAGGAAAUUAAAGUGGAGGUUGACUUUUUAACACUCCAAAAGAGACAGUAAUACAAUAUAAUGCCUACGUUAAACAGACUUCUAGAUGAUAUUUUGUGUCCUCGGCAAUACUCGUUUCUUUUAAGCUAAUAUAUGUAUAGUUCUUGAUAUAAAAAACAUUCCUAUCUUUGGCACAUUAGGAUUUUUUUAUUUAAAGUGUUCAUUGGUACCUUUGCAGUUCUUGCUCAAUUUGUACAAGGGUUAUUCUUAUUUUUGUGUAAUUUUUACCUUUUUUAUGUGGGAGGUAAACACUGGGUUUUAUUAUUCUUCAAUACUUGAAAUAUUGUUUGUGCAGCAACAUCAACUAAAAGUUUUGCAAGUCGAUGAUCAUAUAAUUGCUUUUAUGUUACUGAAUGUGAGAAAAAAAAAUGCAUGGAUACAGUCAUGUUUUAUUGAGGUUGCAAUGGUCUGCAGUGAGGUGUUAUGACGGCAGUUCAUGCAAAAUUUAAAUACCUGUUCUGUGAGAACGAUGAAAAAGUUGUUACGGAGGUGUCUGCAAUUAGAUAGCAAAUAAUAUGGCAAAUGAGCUGCUCCUUUUCAGGAGUAAAUUCACAAGAUACAAGUACAAAUUGUAGGUCAGAUUAAUCUAAUGAAGUGGUGAAUGUUAAAUUCUUGUUCAUUCAUAUAUAUUAGAUUUAAUUGAAUAAUGGGAAUACUGUAUGUUAGAUGAACAUGAAAUAACCACAGAAUAUAUAGCACAGACAUAAAUUACUGACCAUCGCUAAUAAGAUUCCUAUUAUGUAGUCUCUACUCAGGAAUAGUGCUCAGGACUUUCCUUUUGUUGCAUGUGGUCUUCUUUAAGCAACAUUUGGUGGUGGUGGGUGAAUGUUCAAUGCAUACUUAUUUCACAACGUAGCUAAAAUAAAGACUUGUGGCAAAGUUCCAUUCAACCAAUACCCAAAUAGCUUUUGCUUUUGAAAAUGACAUUUGACCAUCUGUGUAUCUGCAAAGAAUUGAAACAAGUCAACCAUAACAAAUACUCUCUCUAUGUGUGCUGUGAUAUAAAUUUAAGCAGUGUGUUC